UGCGGCAGUUAUGAUAAAAGCAUCAACCAUUUGCCCAUCAUCACUCGCUGAGAGACGGAGCAUGGCCUUACUCUCGCGGUAGUCGUCAGUAGGUAGUGCGAACUAGCUGGUAUCAGUAGCGAAUAGCAAUAACUGCGAGCAGAGUUUGUUCCUCGGCUGUCAUCCCCCACCCAGGAAGCGUAAUAAAUGAAGAUUGGAAAUUGGUUAGCCAAAAACUAACAGUAUCGAAUUAUACUUGGUCGGCAUCUGCGGAUUCGAGGGUUACAGUUUAACCGAUCAUGCCUCGCCGGGGUUCUACCAAAGGGUUCAAGCAGUUGCUGAAGGAUGAGGCAUCAUGGUCGCAAACUCUGGUCACGGGGCUGGCUGAGCUACUGGGAACGGCAAUCCUCGUCUUCGUUGGUUGCAUGGGCUGCGUUGGUUCCUUGUCGACAAUUCCAACCAGCCUUCAGACCGCCCUGACUUUUGGAUUUGCUGUCACAUGUGUCAUCCAGAUCAUCGGACACAUCAGCGUCGCCCACAUUAAUCCAGCAGUGACGGUGUGCGCAGUCAUACUCGGCCACAAAUCUCUUCCUGCAGCUGCAGUCUACAUAGUAUCGCAAUUAUUGGGUGCUAUAAUUGGGUACGGAAUGCUGAAGGCGAUAACUCCUGCCGAACUUCUUCAUAACGGUGAUCUUACAAGCGCAAGUUCAUUUUGCGUGACCUCGAUCCACUCGAAAAUAUCGCUGAUCCAGGGUCUUUUAGUGGAGACAGUGGCCACCGGAGUUCUGAUCCUACUCUGCUGCGCCUCCUGGGAUCCCCGCAACGCGAGGAACAGUGACUCAACUGCGAUCAAGUUCGGGUUGACUGUCACGACAUUGUCGUUGUCGGUUGGGCCUUACACCGGGUGCAGCAUGAACCCUGCGCGAACAUUGGGUCCUGCUCUUUGGAACAACGCGUGGACCACUCACUGGGUAUACUGGUUGGGACCAAUAGCUGGGUCCAUUUUGGCCACCCUUGCCUACAAGACUUUGUUUUGGCCACGGGAAUCAGCCGAUAAAGACAUUCCAGAGGCUACAGCGCUCAACUCCGUUGCAACUGAAAAACAGGAGAUUAACUGAAGUCCUACAUAGCCGAACAGUUUCUGAUGGAUCGCGAUACGAAAGUUAGAUCCUUCGUAUUGUUCGUACUCGUCUGGUAACCUUACGAAACGUCGCUACUCUGCUGAUUCGUAUCAAGAUUUUUCGAAUUCAGGGAUGCAAGGCGAACGAUGAUGGAGGAGGAGGAUAAAGAAGAGGACAAGGUUACCAGAGUAUGCUGGUUACUUCGAAGUGAUGAAAUCAAUACCAAUGCUAUCGGCGUAAUAAGUAUGCCGAAGGCAUUCGUGGAUCAAACUAAUCACAAAUAUGGAACGUAUGUAUUUUUUUAGAAAAAUGAAUAUUUCGCUUGUACGUAUAACGUACAAUUCAAAACGAUGAAAAGUGGCUUCGUGAUACUUCUGUGAAAUUGUGUCAUUCAGAAAUGCCUCGAUAAUCAGUCGAUGAUACAUUGAAUCGAUAGUGCGAAUGCUCUGUACCUAUAAAAUGUAAAGUAUAGAUUGGAUUUGAAAUUAGAAUUCAUUGCUUUAUAUUGAUAAAGUGAGACGAGGAGAAGGUCGAUGGCAAUAAUUAGUUGUAUUUAAUAUGUAUAAAUUAACCACUUGCAUCCGGCCAAAUAUUAUGCUGGAUGAACGUGCGUUUUGUCUGUAACUGUCCUAGUUUUCUUUUACAAUUAGUCUUUUUUUCUAAUCAUUUUGUAAAUAAAGUAACCAAAGCUGUACAUAUCUAAAUUUAUACGUAUCAGAUACACAUAUAUUUUAUUUAUAACAAACGUGCACGAGUACAGCUGGGUGUUAAACAACGAAACCAGUAUCAUUUGAAUAUUGUCGCUCCAAUGCUUACCAAUUUUAAAUUAUUUUCAAAAGUGGGUUGGAGAGAUUGAUGGCUACUAGUUGCAAAAAAGAAGGGGAUUACUUAAUAUCUUUUUCUUCUUCUCAACAUCCCAGUGAUCGUGUGUAGAUCAUGUGCAUACGUGUCCCACUGUAUGUAAUUUUAUUAUUGACAAACUGAAAAUUCAAACCACUAUACGUAAUUUAUCUAUCACUAUACAUAUGUUAUUAAUAUUAUUAUACGAUUAUUAAGUUCAAGUACUAUUAAUUAUUGUAAUGUUAUUCUUAUUCACUGCCAUGGUGUAACGGUGAUUAGAAUUGAGUAGCGUAGAAAGAUAUUAUAACUGUUAUGAUAAUUAAUAUGAAUAAUACUGUUGGUGUUGGUGUUAUUAUUAUAACAUUGUCCAUUUUAAUCACCAAUGUUACAACUAUCAUUAUGAUGACGAUUGUUAUUAUCAUUCUGAACAUUUGUAUAAAAUUUAAAAAAAAAUUCAGGCGUGUUGGAUUAACGUUCUGGUAUUAGAUAUUCUCGACGACGGUGCAUAAAUUUCAUAAUGUGAUGACUGUAUAGGUGAUUAUUGUUAUAAUGAUAAGUAGGAAGUAGGGUUACUAUUA